AUCAUUGUUCCGGGAAAAGCUAUUCAAUAUUGCAUUACAGCUAGCCCCGUGCUACUUCUCCCAUCCCCACCCCCUCAAGAGGUACGCAGACCACAUCUGUCCUUGCUGAAUCCACCAUGCCGGAGAGUGAUUAGUGAUUGCAUUAAUGGUAGGGGAUCUCGAUUCCCUUCUUAGAGCGACCUAUUGUCAUCACGCCGUGCCACCGCAUCUUGUUGACCGGCCGAGCGCCGGGCGUAUAAGGUGUCGAAUACGCACGACUCAUCGGACACACAUUCCGUGUCAAUUAAGCCACUGAACUUUCACUCUUAUCUUAUUCCAGCCCACCCAUCAUCAUGAUAGAAGCUCUCACCAUGAAGGCUGGCUACACUGCUGUUAUCGCAGCCAUAGGGGUACUCGCCGUGUUAUACAGGAAAUUCUCGUCAGCGGGUAGGAACGCCAUCCCGCUCCCACCUGGGCCACCCGCCCGUUGGUUCUGGAGCAACGCUUUGCCUGCUGUCAACAUUGCUCAUGCGCUAACCGACGUGGUUCGAGAAUAUGGGCCAGUGGUAUCUUUCCGACAAGGUAGCCAAGUGAUAGUUGUUAUUGGUAGCGUUGAGGCAGCCAUGAGUAUCAUGGAGAAAGAAGGUGGAUCACUGGCAGAUCGUCCUCGGUCCAUCGCCGGGGGCGAGAUGCUCUCAAGGGGGAUGCGUAUUCUCCUGGCUCGUUCCGGAGAUCGCUUCCGGCGCAUGCGAAAAGCGAUACAUACCAAUCUCCAGCCGAAGGCGACAGAGGCAUACCAAGAUAUGCAGCGCGAGAAUGCGAGGAAUUUUAUAUUGGAUAUCCUGAAUGACGCAAAGAACCACCAGAACCACGCAAAACGGUAUGCAGCCUCAGUCAUUCUUAGAGUGACUUAUGGGAAGUCUGCGCCAACUGCCAACACCGAUCCCGAAGUCAUCCAUAUUCGCAAAGUCAUCGACCAUUUCCAAGUCGUGAUGCGCCCAGGAGCUUAUCUUGUCGAUCGUGUACCUCUUUUGCGCUACUUGCCUGGUUACGGAAAACAACUUACUGAGUGGCAUCAUGUGGAACUAAAACUAUACAGACAACAACUAGGGCGCGUCAAGAGUGAAGACCAAAAUAAAGCGGGCCCUUCUAUUACAAAGACGCUCUUGGAACACACCGAAGACCACCAACUCUCUCCAGAUGAGAUGUCCUAUCUUGCCGGAUCACUCUUUGGAGCGGGAGUUGAUACGACCGCUGUUGGAAUUACCGCUGCUAUUAUGGCUGCGGCGUGCCACCCACUAGCCCAGGCAAAGGUGCAUGAAGAGCUCGACAUGGUCAUCGGGCCAGACAGAGCACCGAUAUUUGGAGACUCAAGCUCGCUCCCACAGUUGCACGCGUUCUUGUUGGAAGCUUUCAGAUGGAGACCUGUUAUUCGUAUAGGAUUUCCCCACCGUGCAACCAAGGAUAUUAUCUGGCAAGGAUAUCGCAUUCCUGAGGGUGCAACAGUCUACGGGUGCCAUUGGGCUAUUUCUCGUGAUCCUAUUGUCUUCCCAGAUCCUGAGAUUUUCAAUCCCCAGCGCUGGCUGGAUGAAGAAGGCCACGUAAAGGACAAUAUGAAGUUCAUCGCGUAUGGCUUUGGUAGACGUGUAUGUCCUGGCAUGCACCUCGCAAAUCAAUCGAUGUUCAUCAACCUCGCACUUCUCUUCUGGUCUUUCCGCAUUGCUCAGCGUCCUGACGCCCCAAUCAACGUGCAUGCUUUCAGUGACGCUGUUAUCUCUCACGCAGAGCCGUUUGAAAUUGAUGUUAUUCCACGGAUCGAAGUUGCGAAGUUGAGAGAGAUGAUGACAACGAAUGACUGUGUCGGUUGAAGAUUUACAAGUGAUGCCGUUGCGCAGUUCGUUUUGUCAACAGGGUUCCAUUUCUUUGUUUCUAUAGUACCUAAUGUCUGAUUAUAUUCCUCGCCCUCGGAAAAUAGGAUUGGCGAGUCAUCUCGCAGAGAGAAUGGGCCCAACGGAAGUGGAGAAUAGUCAAACUUGUCAGGUUACUACUGAGGUCUCACGCCUGACGUGGCCUGAUCCAUGCCUAGACUGCAGAAACAUGG